AUGCAGUUCAAGCUCGUAUCUGCUCUCACCUUCGCUACCCUUGCUGCUGCCACUGUCACUCCAGUGCGCCGAACGGGAGGCGGCUCUGGCGGAGGAAUCCCUGCCAGCCAAUGCAACACAGGAGAUAUCCAGUGCUGCAACAGUGUCCAGACUGCUGAUAGCAGCGCAGUUACCGCUUUAUUGGGCCUUUUGGGCAUUGUUCUUCAAGAUGUGACUGCUCUUGUCGGGCUUACCUGCAGCCCCCUUUCAAUCAUCGGAAUUGGAGGCAACUCAUGGUUUGUAUCUCUUCAUGUGCCGCUCCAUUGA